AUGAGUUUUGCAAAUUUAUUACGAAAUUCGAGGGCUGUGUCUUUGACAAAAUGUUUCCCAGAGUCCAGUUCAUCUACGGCAAACAGCCUGUUCCCUUUGCAGCAAUCAUUAACAACAAAACAAGCAGAGGGAGCUCGCGGGGAUUGGGGCUGUAAACGAAAUUUACCCCGGGUGAAAACAAGAUUUAUUUCCGUGAAUGAGCUGGAUAGUGUAUACAAUCAAAUGGACUUUAAGUCAAGCGCACGAUUCGUUCGCCUUUUACGAAACUGGUUUGAUGCUGGAUUCGUAAGGGAUCCGGCAGAGCAGGCAAUAGCCCAGGAGUUGGCUAAGGACUCCAAAACAACUGAGCCAAAGAGUCACAAUCGAUUUGGUUCUCGAAGCCAAAAGUUGAAUGACUAUACUCCUAUAGAAAACCCGAAUUUCAGAAAAUUUAAUGUAGCCGGUGGCAUACAGUACAGUAACGUACCUUUAAUAACUUCACACGUUACACCCAAAUAUGAGUCUAAUAGUGGAUAUCACCAUCGAAAACUGACUGCACAUACCUUGAAUUCAGACACUUCUACCGCUCAUUAUGGUUUAGGCGGUUUGGUUCUUAGAUUACCCAAAACUCGCACCGUGUCUCGGAAUAGGACUUUCCCACUCUUUUCUAAGGAAUACCGUAUUUCGUACACAAUGUACAAAAAUGGACAACUUCGUGUUGCGCCUUAUUCAGGACCUUUCCUUGGAGGACAAGGAGUUUUUGCUAUGGAACCUGAUGAGCUGAACUCCUUUUUCUAUAAGGACUUGAAAGCGGUAGCUGAAGAGCCUGUUAUGGCAAACAGUGCUCAAAAUACAAGAAACAAUCUGGCAGUCAAUCUUGACGUUGAAGACGCAUCUGAUUCAUCACCUAAAACCUCGUCGUAA